AUGGAUUCGGACAGCACCGUGACUUCCUUGGAGGAGAACACGGAGAACUUUUGCACGAAUCCCACGCGCGACAUCCUCGCCGAGGGCAUCACCAAUCUCUUCAAGCCGACGAUCGAGCGGUUGGACGAGCGCGUGGCCUCCACCAUCCAGCUGCAGGCGGAGCUGCGUGGCCAACUGGACGCACUGGCCGCCCAGCUGAGGGACAUCGAAAAGGCGCAGAGUCAGAUACCCGAGUUCGCGGACAAGGUGAAGGAGCUGCUGAACGUCAAGCACAAGGUGACGGUCAUAAGCAACGUGUUGGUGACCAGCCAGGAGCGGCUGACGGGUCUGCACAAGCUGAUAGAGAAGGAGCAGCGGCGGCGACAGGCGCUUCUCGAUUCCGCACUCAGCACCAACAUAUCCUAA